UACUAUAAAUAUAGUGUUUUCUCCAACCAUUUGUUUUCAUCAUAAUUAGAGAUGGAACCUCAGAGAAAGCACUCGGCAGCCCUCCACACGUGUUAUCCGUGCCGGCGCACCAUUCCGUACAGAAUAUACGCCGUAAUUCACACGUGUGGUAUCAUAUCCCUCAUGUACCACCAUGCACACUCACUUGCCACAGCAGGCACAACUCUAACAACAUCUCUUCUUCUCAUCGCCGACGUCGUUCUCGCCUUCAUGUGGGCCACCACAACGUGCCUCCGGUUCAACCCGGUUCACCGGACUGAGUACCCUAAGAGAUAUUUAGCUAAACCGAAGGAGGAGUUUCCGAAGCUGGACGUGUUUAUAUGCACGGCUGAUCCAUACAAGGAGCCUCCGAUGAUGGUGGUGAACACCGCCUUAUCAGUGAUGGCCUACGAUUAUCCGUCUGAUAAGUUAUCGGUGUAUGUAUCGGACGAUGGAGGAUCGUCGUUGACUUUGUUUGCUUUGAUGGAGGCUGCCAUGUUCUCUGAGCAUUGGUUGCCUUUUUGCAAGAAGAAUAGUGUUGAAGAUCGGUCCCCUGAAGUUUAUUUCUCAUCAAAGUCACAAUAUUGGACUGAUGAAGCUGGGAAUAUUAAGACCAUGUAUGAAGAUAUGAAGAAGAGAGUAGAACAUGUUGUGCAUAGUAGCAAAGUUGAUACUCGUCAUGACCAUCCUACUAUUGUCAAGGUGCUACAAAGUGACGAGACAGAUAUAAUGCCAAACCUAAUCUAUGUAUCAAGAGAGAAGAAUAGAGCUUCACCACAUCAUUUCAAAGCCGGUGCUCUAAAUACAUUGUUACGAGUAUCCUCGGUGAUGACAAACUCACCGGUAAUUCUAACGCUAGACUGUGACAUGUACUCAAACAAUCCAAGAAGCCCACUUCAUGCUUUGUGCUAUUUUUCAGACCCUAAACUCAAUCCUAGUUUAGGAUUUGUGCAGUUUCCUCAGAAGUUUCGUGGAGUAAACAAAAACGAUAUUUAUGCAUCCGAGCUCAGACGCCCCUUUGUCAUCAAUAUGGCUGGUUUUGAUGGGCUUAUGGGCUCAACUUACGUGGGAACAGGGUGUUUCUUUAAUCGACGGGCUUUUUAUGGACCUCCGACUAAUUUGAUUUUACCUGAGGUAGAUGAGCUUGGUCCAAAUUGGAUUGCUGAUAAGCCUAUCAAGGCCCAAGAUAUUUUGGCUUGGGCACACGAUGUAGCUGGAUGUAACUACGAGCGAAAUUCCAAUUGGGGAUCCAAGAUUGGAUUCAGAUAUGGAUCUUUAGUAGAAGACUACAAUACAGGAUAUAGACUCCACUGUGAAGGGUGGAGAUCAAUCUUUUGCAACCCUCCAAAAAUAGCAUUUUAUGGAGAUUCUCCAAAAUGCCUAAUUGAUGUAGUGAGCCAACAAAAAAGAUGGACUAUUGGACUUCUUGAAGUUGCCUUCUCGAGGUUUAGCCCUAUCACGUAUGGGGUCAGAUCAACGAGCUUAUUAACAGGCAUGGCCUAUAGCCAGUAUGCAUUUUGGGCGUUUUCGUCAAUUCCUCUUGUCAUCUAUGGGUUCUUGCCCCAAGUUGCUCUCCUCUAUGGAGUUAGCGUCUUUCCCAAGCCAUCGGAUCCAUGGUUUUGGCUUUACAUCUUCUUGUUCCUUGGUGCAUAUGGUCAAGAUCUAUUAGAUUUUGUAUUAGAAGGAGGUACUUGUCACUGCUGGUGGAAUGAUCAAAGGAUGUGGUUGAUUAGAGGAUUCUCUUCAUUCAUCUUUGGCUCCAUAGAGUUCACUCUUAAAAAUCUAAACCUAUCUACACAUGGAUUCAACCUCACUAGCAAAGUCAACGAUGAUGACAAACAGAGUAAGAGAUACGAGCAAGAAAUGUUUGAUUUUGGGGCCUCUUCGAUCAUGUUUUUCCCCAUUACUACGGUGGCGAUCGUCAAUCUGCUUGCCUUUGUCUGUGGGCUUUAUGGUGUGUUCGUUUGGGGAGAAGGACUCGUACUUGAGUUGAUGCUGGUUAGCUUUGCGGUGGUGAAUAGCUUACCGAUCUAUAUGGCUAUGUUGCUUAGGGAAGAUGAUGGAAAAUUACCAAAAAAUGUUUGUAUCUUAGCUGGAAUCCUCACUUGUUUUGUUGUUGUGUCAGGUUUCUUCGUCCUCAAGUAACUGCACCUGUUAGGGAUUUGUAGUUUCACUUAGCAUAAGCAUUAUGUAUGCAUUGUGGUAAACUAGAAGUAAGUAAUGUGAUGAAUCUAUAUAACGAAUAAUAAUGUGAUGAGCAUCUCUCA